AUGUCUCAACAGAUGCAAUACUACGCUCCUCAACAACAGUUGCAGCAAGCGCCGGCGCAGAUGAACCCCGAGCCCGAUCUGUUGCGCAACCUCAUGGUGAACUACAUUCCGACGACAGUGGAUGAGGUGCAACUUCGUCAACUGUUUGAACGCUAUGGACCCAUUGAGUCGGUUAAAAUUGUUGCUGACCGCGAGACACGCCAGAGCCGUGGCUAUGGAUUUGUGAAGUUUCAGAGCGGUUCGAGUGCCCAACAGGCCAUUGCAGGACUGAAUGGAUUCAAUAUCCUCAACAAGCGGUUGAAGGUAGCGCUGGCGGCCAGUGGUCACCAGCGAAACCGUAACGGCGUAAGCACUGGGUUCGGAGCCUACAGUGGGUAUGGCGGUUACGGUGGCUACGGCGCAUACCCUUCCGCUGCGAACCCGUACGCGCAGCAGCAGAUGAUGACGAUGCAGCAUCCGUAUAUGAUGACACAGUCUGUGCCGUCGGUGCCGCGUCAGUAG